AUGAUUGAACUUCGUUAUAAGUUGCCAAUUUAUAAGAAUUUGUACGAAGAGUUAGGAGACAAAGGUGGGGACAAGAAGCUAUAUAGGUUAGCCAAGGCGAGAGAGAGGAAAGCCCGCGACCUGGACCAAGUGAAGUGCAUCAAAGAUGAGGAGGGCAAUGUAUUGGUGGUAGAGGAUCAUACUAGACAGAGGUGGCAGACUUACUUCCACAGACUUUUAAAUGAAGGAGAGGACAGGAGUAUUGUGCUGGGUGAUCUGGAACACUCCGAGAGCCGGCGUGAUUUUCAGUAUUGCAAGCGUAUUAAGGUUGAGGAGGUUCAAGGGGCUAUGCGUAAGAUGAGUAGGGGUAAAGCGACCGGGACAGACGAGUUCCCAGUGAAAUUUUGGAAGAGUGCAGGUAGAGCGGGUUUGGAGUGGUUGAUUGGGUUGUUUAAUGUCAUAUUUAGGACGGCAAUGAUGCACGAAGAUUGGAGGUGGAGUACACUGAUUCCAUUGUAUAAGAACAAGGGUGAUAUCCAAAACUGCAACAACUAUAAGGAUAUCAAGCUGCUGAGCCACACCGUGAAAGUCUGGGAGAGGGUUGGGGAGGUGAGGGUGAGGAAGAGGGUAUCUACCUCUGAGAACCAAUUUGGAUUCAUGCCGGAUCGAUCGACUACGGAGGCCAUUCAUCUUGUGAGGAAAUUGGUGGAGUAG